CCAGACUUCCUGCAAAUGUGUGGAAAAUGUAGACUGAGUGAAGGUCUGAAGAUGAGUGAAUGUGGAUCUGACAGAGAUUCAGCACCUUCAACAGUCUGUUUUACAGCUGAGGGGACUGACCAACAUGGAGAAAAUCCCCAGCUCUUUAACACUGAGGCUGCACAUGCACAAACAAGACUCAAAGACCCGAAGAUGCAUAAGAGUGGAGCUAAGAAGGGCUCAGCAUCUUCUACAGCCAGUCAUCUUUCUGCUAAGAGUGAUGAAUCAAAAGAAUAUCCUCCAUUCUUCAGCAAUGAACCCAGCCCUUCAAAGGAAAGAUUCACUAAAGACCUGGGGAUGGAUAAAAGUGGAGCUGAGAGAGGAUCAGCAUUUUCUACAGUUAGUCAUCUUUCUGCUAAGAGUGAUGAAUCAAAAGAAUAUCCCCCAUUCUUCAGCAAUGAACCCAGCCCUUCAGCAGGAAGUGACGACACCUCAUUAAACAUCCAGCAGAGUCCAGACACCCUGAAGGUAUUUGAAUCCAAAGCCAUGGACUUUUUAAAGCAAGCCCUCAGAGUACAUACGAAGGUCCUUUCUGCAAAACACAAAGGACUCUUUCAGGAAGACAACCAAGAGGAUGUGCAUGAUGAUCAGCCAGUUGUGUUUGAUGAAGAAAUAAAUGAAGCAGCUCUGAAGAUUGCCCUACGUAUCUUAAGGACCAUGGACCAGGAAGAACAUGCUCAAACACUGGAGCAAAGUCAUUAUGGAGAACUCGUUGUGUACCAACAGAAACUAAAAUCUUUCCUGAAGAAGAAAAAUGAGUACUUGUUCCAAGAGAUAAAUACACAACAAUGUCCAGUGCCACUCAAACAGAUUUAUAUUACGCUCUAUCUGAUAGAAGGCGACAGUGAAAAUGUCAACAGUGAACAUGAAGUGAGACAAAUUGAGAAAGCCUUUAACAAACGGAAGUCUGUGGAAAUUCUGAUCAGUUGUGAGGACAUCUUCAAGCCCUUACCGAAACUAAACAAACCAAGAGUGGUGCUCACCAAGGGAAUAGCAGGCAUCGGCAAAACCGUGUUGUCCCAGAAGUUCAUGCUGGACUGGUCAGAGGAGAAGGCCAAUCAAGACAUCCAGCUCCUGUUUUCACUUCCUUUUAGGGAGCUGAAUUUGCUUAGAAAUGAAAAAAGAAGUUUGAUGGAGCUUCUGUAUGACUUUGAUCCAGACCUGAAAGUAUCUGGAAUCAAAGACCUGAAGGCGUACAAAGUCCUGUUUGUAUUGGACGGUCUUGAUGAAUGCAGACUCUGUCUGGAUUUUGAGGGAAAUGAUAGAUGUCAUGAUGCUACACAGUCUGCCCCAGUGGAGGUGCUGCUGACAAACCUCAUUGCAGGUAAUCUGCUGCCAGAAGCUUAUCUGUGGAUAACAACCCGACCUGCUGGAGCCAGCUGUGUCCCUUCACAGUAUGUUGACCGGGUGACUGAGAUACGAGGCUUCAGUGACCUACAGAAAGAGCAGUAUUUCCACAAGAAAAUUGAGGAUAAAAACUUGGCCAAAAGAGUCAUUGCAAAUGUAAGGUCUACCAGAAGUCUCUACAUCAUGUGUCAUGUGCCAGUGUUUUGCUGGAUUUCUUCUAUUGUCCUGGGAGAAAUGUGCGCUAAAGCAGGAGUAGGAAAGUUGCCAAAGACUUUGACUCAGAUGUACAUCCACUUUUUGGCACAUCAGACCACACAGAUGCGUGUCAAGUACUCUGAGAAGCAAGAACUGGACUCCCAGGGGAAUAACAAGGUGAUUAUGUCACUUGGGAAGUUGGCCUUCCAGCAGCUGGACAAAGGCAACCUGAUCUUCUACGAGGAGGAUCUCAGAGAAUGUGGUAUUGAUGUCCAAGAAGCAUCUGUCUACUCUGGAUUGUGCACUCAAGUCUUUAGGGAAGAGUCCUGCAUGCAGAAAAAAGUCUUCUGCUUUGUACAUCUGUCUGUCCAAGAGUUUCUCGCAGCUUUGUACGUUAAUGUUACGUACAAGGUCAGUGGUGAAAACCUGAUGACCAAAGAACCUGAACCAUUCGCCCAAACAAAGCCUGUAUCUGAGCUGCACAAAGCUGCAGUGGACAGAGCUUUAAAAAGCGAAAACGGUCACCUGGAUCUCUUCCUGCGUUUCCUCCUCGGACUGUCUCUGGAGUCCAAUCGGAAUCUGCUCAGAGACCUGAAGAUUCAGGUAGAAACCUGCGACUCCCAAAGUCAUUUGGAAACCAUCGAGUACAUAAAGGAGAAAAUAAGUCAGACUCAUCAUACGGAGAGGUACAUCAAUCUCUUCCACUGUCUGAAUGAGUUAAACAACCACUCUCUGGUGGAAGAGAUCCAGAGCUACUUGGAGUCAGACCAAGACUCAGUGAUGGACGAGCGCUCUGCAGCUCAGUGGGCAGCUCUGGUCUUUGUGUUGCUGACCUCACCGGAGAAACCAGAAGAGAUCCACCUCAAGAAAUACUCCAGAACAGAAGAGGGCCUUUCCAGGCUCCUACCAGCCAUCAAAACAUCUAGGACAGCAAUGUUGAAUGAUUGUAAUCUUACUGCACACUGCUGUGAGGAGCUGUCCACAGUCUUCAGCUCAUGCUCUAUGGAGCUGAAUCAUUUAAACUUAAGUGACAACAACAUAAAAGACUCAGGAAUUGAGUUUCUCUGUGCCGGACUCAAGAGUCCACGUUGCAGACUGAAGACGCUGAGGCUCAACAGAUGCAGUCUCACCUCCAGAUGCUGUAAAGAUCUGGCUUCAGUUCUGAGCUGUCCCUCAUCACGUCUUGAAGAGCUGGACCUGAGUGACAAUGACAUCGAAGACUCAGGAGUAGAGCUGCUCUCCACCGGACUGGGAAAUGUGUGCUGUAAACUGAAAACCCUAAGGUUGUCGUUCUGUAGCAUCACAGAGAAAGGUUGUGGUUUCUUGGCCACAGCAGUAAAGUCCAACGCUUCCCACCUGGAAGAGGUGGACCUGAGCUACAAUCACCUUGGAAAGUCUGGAGCGACGCUCAUCUCCGAGGCUCUGGUGGAAGGAAAAUGUGAAUUUACUAAACUCAGAGUCGACCACAAUGCAGAACACUGGUAUAAACCAGGACUGAAACGAUAUGCAUGUGAGCUCACAAUCGAUCUCAACACAGUUCACAAACUCCUCAUCCUCUCUGACGGGAACCGAAAAGUUACCCAGGGCAGAACGAAGCAGCCAUACCCCGAUCACCCUGACAGGUUUGACUACUGGACCCAGGUCCUGUUCCAGCAGGGCCUGGACAGCCGCUGUUACUGGGAGGUGGAGUGGAAAGGACACUGGGCCGGGAUCGGAGUGACCUACAAGGAUAUCAAGCGCAAAGGGCCGGAUAACAACUGUGUGAUUGGAUACAAUAAAAUCUCUUGGAGUAUCCACUGUUGUGAUCAUGGCUAUCGUGCUUAUCAUGACUUCAAGGGCAUUGUCCCCCAGGUCCCUGUGGCUGGUUGUCACAGACUGGCGGUGUAUCUGGACUGGGACGGAGGUGUCCUGUCUUUCUACAGAGUCUCUCCUGAGGGGUCACUGACACACCUUCACACCUUCGUCUCUGAAUUCACUGAACCUCUUUAUCCAGUUUUCAGAGUGUGGGGCAAAGGCCACUCACUGAGGCUGUGUCAGGUGAAAUAAUCUGUCAAAAGGAAAAAGGCAUGAACAGUCAAAAUGAUCAACUGUAAAUAGUGUACUUUCUUCUGAGAGAAAACAGCUUAAAACCAUUUAAACCAAGACGUUUUUAAAAAUAGUUUUGAAUUAUUUUUUGUGCAUUUUCAGCCUUUAUUAGGUAGGUGUAGUAGAGGGAGAUGGGAAAUGAUGGUAAAGAGCAGGGGAAAGACAAGCAGUGAAGGGUCAGUCUGGGCGGAAGUCAGCCCAGGAACCAGUUGCUCAGGGCAUGCGCUCAUGUGGUAACUAUUCAACCUAACUAUUCGGUCAAUGAGUUGCCCCAAUUUAAAGUUUAAACAUCUAACAAGUAGGAUUGAACUGAAUGUUUUGAGCCCUCAAAGCUUCUACUGUUGACAUAGUAAUCAAUGUCCAAUACUAUUAUUAUAUAUGCAUUAACACAAAAAUUCCAAAUAGCCUGUGUAAUAAGAAAUCGUAAUCAUUAUUCGUUAGUAUUAUAUAAUUAUUAUUUUACAAGUGUGACAGCUUCUUGGUGUGAGAUCUGGAUUGUUUUUCUGUCUCCACAUGGCAACAGCUUUUUAGACUGUCCAUACAUCCAUCCGUACAUCCGUCAGUCCCAUUCUUGUGCACACGGUAUCUCAGUAACACCUUCAGGGAAUUUCUUUAAAUUUGAUAACAUUCAGCAUUUUCCCCAAGUCUGUGGAAGACUUGAUGCUUGUAUAUUUUCAACUAAAAAUAUAAAAUUUAACAUAACUUUGGACCAUUAUUAUUACCAUAUAUGUCAACAUGUAGAUUCAGCCGGUCCUUCAGCUAGUAUAUUAGUACUAUUAGUACAGUACAGUACUAAUGAAUCCCCCCCAAAACUGGAAAAGGUAACAGAGAAAAUAAAUAAACAACAUCCAGAAAACUUUAAGACAAAUCUUAAAUUCUAAAUAAAUCCUAAAUAAAUUCACUGGAAACCGACAGUAACCAUUAGAUCUGGGAAAAGUCUUUAUGUUGUUUUUUCUCUCCACAGUGAUUUUUGAUGAAUUUGGCUUAGGUGGUUCCCAAAAUGGCUUGGGUGCUUGGGUGCUUGGGUAGGAAACACCCUGACAUUCACUUGGACUCAAGGAUGACCUGAUUUGAUUUUGGUGAUCAGAGGUCACUGAUCUCACAAAAUGUAUUGUUGGCCUCUUGGAUGGGAUACCUCAAGACUGCUCUGAAGGAAUUUCUUCAAAUUGGCACAAGCAUCCCCUUGGGCUUGUUCUUGGCCAUAACUUAUGUAUUUAUACACCAAUUAACUGACAAUGGAGACAUAUGCUGGUUUUUGAUUUGUUUUUGCUUGUUCAUUGUAGAUGCAUUAUCUAACACUAAGCUAGGUAGGAAACUAAUGUGCUUAUACCUGUUGAAAGCUAAGGUUCCUAAUGCUUUUACACAUGGUUGUUUCAUGACUUCAGAUUGUUUUUGGUAGGUUGUUCAAAGUAAUUGCUAAGCUAAGUAAGUUGAAGGUAGCUGGCUGUCUAGGUGGUAGUUAGGGUCAAGUAAAGGAUGUGGUGUUCAGACUGUUUUUUUUAGAGUAGAAACUGCAGUGUUUGUUAGGACAUUUGCAGGUUGUGACAGUGAUAGCCUUAUGUGUCCAUAGUGUGUGUGUGUGUGUGUGUGUUCCUGUGUGCGACCAUCACUGAUGAGUUCAAACAUCUAAACUUUAUAUGAAAUUCUUGAUAUAAUUUAGCUAAUUACUUGUGUAAUUCUGUCUUUUCAGACCUGAUUACUGAGCUAUAUAUGUUUUAUAGAUAUCAGUUUAUAUUUGCAUUUAUCUGUUCUGUAUAGAGCAUUCAUAAAUUGCUGUGGAUUCACUUAAAAUGUAUAUUAAAUCAAAGUAACGAGUGUAUUGGUCUCUGAGUUUCAGUUUUUGUAGAAUAUAACGUCGGUUAAAUUUGUUCUGUUUUUUAUUUAAGGUUAAAUUUCAUUUCAAACUUA